GAUUUCGGUGCGUUCAUUUUUUUCGACCACAUGUGAUAUGAAGUUUACGAGAGUUCUUUUUAAAAUUGUGCCAAAGAAUAUAAAAGGAAAGUCCACUAAUGAGCAACGUUGGUUGAAGAGACAAUUAAAUGAUCGUUACGUUAAGCAAUCGAAAACUGAUUAUUAUAGAUGUAGAAGUGCUUAUAAAUUAAUCGAAAUUGAUGAUAAACAUAGAAUUUUAGAGCCAGGAUUCUCUGUAGUAGAUUGCGGAGCGUCUCCAGGCUCUUGGAGUCAGGUGGCUGUUAAAAAAGUGAACGCAGAUGGUUCUAUUCCUAAUGCCAAAAUAGGUCAAGUUAUUGGCAUUGAUUUAAAGUCAAUAGAAAAAAUAAAAGGAGCUACUUUUUUCAGCUGCUCUGAUUUUACUGAGGCUGUAGUUCAGCAGAAAGUAUUAAAAACUCUUAAUUGUGGUAAAGCAGACGUUGUACUAAGUGAUAUGGCACCCAAUUCGUCUGGAGUAAGGAGUCUUGAUCACGAAAACAUUAUGGUUUUGUGCGAAUCAGUGGUAAAAUUUAGUAUAAACGUUUUAAAUGACGGUGGACACUUUCUUGUAAAAAUUUUACAAGGAGAAAAACAAGAUUUACUUUUAAGAGGUUUAAAAACAUGCUUUGAGCAGGUAAAGUACAUUAAACCUCCAGCUAGUAGAAGUGAUUCUACUGAACUAUACAUCAUUGCAAAGAAUUUUAAUAAAGCUUCUUAA